AUCAUGGGGCCAAUCAUGCCCUCAGUCAGAUUUUGUACGGCCUGCUGCUUCUGUUUUAUAAUGUAUUAUUUAUGGCUGGGGGGGCAGAGUCAUAUACAGUGGUAUAAAAUAAUAAUAAUAAUAAAAUCUGGUGAGGAAUGAAAUGAUAAUUGUGACAAUGAAAAUAAAAUUAUUUUCAUUGUCACAAGUCAAGCUGUGCAAUUGUAUGUAACUUUUAGUUAACAAAAAAAAAAAGCUAUGAAUGGAGCAUUGGCCCUCGGAAAUCUUCACAUUAUCAAAUCUCUGGCCCUUGUUAAAAAACGUUUGGACACCCCUGCACUACACCAACAGUGUGGCUCCAAGCGAUCACAGUUCUAAAAAUCAGGUGUCACUGUCAAUAUAAUGUAAUUCAUUCACAUUCAAAGAAAAACAAUAAAAGACAAGUACCAUGAGCGGUUCUGAACGGGUUCGAGCUCGAAACGAGUCGCUGUAUUUUUUAUUCUACCGUGAGUGUUAACUGCAAUAUUUUCGAAUAUCUAUAUUUUUAAAGAAGAAAAAAAUUCUAAUGAUAUUUAUUUUAUAAUCAUGAAUUAUAAAUGAAACAUGAUGUGUUAUAUAUUUAUAGUAUGUUACUUUGAAACCAUUGAUAUUUAACAGUCUGCGGUUGGAUUAAGCAGUGAGAGAGUUGAACAUUUUGGUUUUACUAACAAAUAAUCUACCACUGAGCCUUAAACCUUUUGUGUAAAUUACCGGAUUAACCAUUUUUAAACCAGCAGGUUCACUGCUUUUCUCUAAGUAAUCAGAGAUUAUGCAAAAAUAAAAGCUUGAGUUCUAAAAAAUGAUCUGUUUUUUUUUAAAAAAAGGUUGAAGAAAUACUGUAUCUCAAACUGUUUGAAGGUCAUCAACAGUGGAUCUUAACUGGGCUGUUAGAGGAGAAGCCACAAAAUGGCUUUGGGUUUCAGGGGCAGUUGUUUCAUUUGGUAUGGUUGUGGUUUCUUUCUCUCAAAUGUGCUGCAGCACAACAUUUAAAAAGGUGACUUUCUACAAUUGAUAUAAUUUUGACUUCCAAGUAGUGCUCGACAGACUUCUAAAAACAGACUGAAACACAUUUAAAGUUCUGUUUUAUUUCACAUGUGUUCUGUGCUAAAUUAGCAGAUAUUGUAUUUUUCUGUACAUUUGUUAUGGUGAGCUGUGAUUCAUUUUGUUGUUUCAUUUUUAUUCCUCUGUAUAAUGGUGAUAGUUUUGAGACCCAAACCAGUUCUGAGUUCCAAGCAAUGCUUUUCAAUGCUAACAUACGGGCGUUUCCUUUCACAACAUUUUCAACAAUUUUCUGUUUUCAUGUGUUCACAGAAGCCGGUGUCCAUGUCCACAAACCGGCAGCAAAACACGGACUGGAUUUCACUGACUGGACUGGAUGUGAUUUACCUGUGUGAGUAGACAGUAGACACAUGUCAUUUUUACUUUUAAGACUUUAAUCUUUCUACAUCUUUAUAACCUUUUUACCUUGUUUAACUUUUAUGUUUUGUUUCGUAUUUGGGCCACCUUGAGAAAAAAAAAAUUCACAGGCUUAAAGUAAGAAUAAAGUCUUACUUUACGAGAUUAGAGUCGUAAAUUUACGAGCAUAUAAAGUCCAGUCUAUUUAAAAUAGAAUCAGAGAUACUUUUUGUGCAAAAAUCUGACUUUGCAUCGUUGGCAUGGCAACACCGUUAAAAGAUUUGUCAACAUGUUCAGCAGGCAUCAUCUACCAUGUGUUUUAAGUGUUUUCACCAAUUUUGAGAUUGAUAUGAUAAUCUCUGCCACCACCAGGAGGUGCUGUUUUCAAAAUGUACCGUUUUUUCAUAGUCUUCAGCAGCUACCCAUCCUCAGUCAUAGUUUGGUUGGGAUCGGACCUUCCAUCGCAAGUUAUAAGAGUUUAGUUGUCUGUUGCAAAAAAAUUUAAUUUUCGCCAAAUUUGGCGCCCCCUAUCUCCUACACCAUGCGACAUUUUAAAGAACUUUGAAUAACUUUAUAUCCUCAACUGGUCCAAAGUGACCUCACCAAGUUUGAAGAUGAUCAGACCAAAGCUCUAGGACAAGUUUGUUCAAAUACCUUUGUUGCAAAUUCGCCAAAAUCGCCAAAAAAUGGCUGUUCAACCCAAGAUGGCGGCGUUCCUGUCGGACUUACGACAACAUCCUUGAUGACUUUUUGGACCGUUCUGACAUGAUUAACAUUUGUACCAACUUUCGUUUAUGUACUGUACGUGAAACAUUUAAGAAAAUCACCUAAUGAAAGCAGUUGUUUUUUUCCCAUUUUGGUUAGCCCCUCCCACUUCCAAUUUUCAAUGCUUUUUCACCAAACAACUUUCACACGUAGUUUUUCACCAGGAUUGGUGCGGCUGCAAAAGGGUUAAAUACAACAUGUUAAGCACAUUUUAAAAACGCUGAUCCAAAGUCCUUCAUACUAGGAAAUCAGAUAAUCGAAUAAUAAAAAUAUAAAACAUAACUGAGACUUGAACAGAAGGUGCGUAUAUAGAGACAGUCAUCAGAUUUGGAGCAGCCACUGAAAAAAGAUCUAAGAGAUCUAAGUGGUUAACAGCGAUUUACAGCGUAUCAUUAUCACUAUUGUAAAAAGAUGAAACUGAGAAAACUCAGUCAUGGCAUUGUUAUAAUAUUCAAGACUGUUCCUGGUAAUGAUACAGUAGCUGUAAAAACACAAGCUUUUUAUAUCGUCUCUCAGACUGGUUUGAGCAGUUGUUAUGUCACAACGUCUAAGGAAGAGCACGGGUGGAGGAGUUAGUUUCUGAGCUUUAGCCAAGAAGAAGAGUGCUGCUCCAGUCUCUCAAGUCCAUCUUCCCAACUGCAUAUCAUGUGUCGCAAACUCAGACGACCAGUGGUUGCAGUCUCCUGCUUUUUAAUUUUCCUUUAUUUAUUGACGCAGUUAGCAGGUGUAGUGAGAGUGAGUGGACCAGUCUUACCUGUUGAGCCGUUCCUGCGUUCAUCAGGUUCAAAAUGUUUACCUGGUUUUUACACCACGGAGGAGCUGGAGCCUCACUUUCGCAGGCCUCCCCAAAAUGCCAGUGCACCAGGAGCAAAUGGCGAAGCCUUUGUUAUGACACAUAAACUGACUCUGGAUGAAGAAUAUGAGAAGUUAUUUGGGCUCAAUAACAACCAGUUCUACCAGUUUGCCAGUGAUCGUAUCUCUCUGCAUCGCGAUCUUGGCCAUGACACCCGGAACACAGAUUGCCUGGAACAAAAGUUUUGGAGAUGUCCUGGUCUCCCCAAAACGUCUGUGAUCAUCGUGUUCCAUAAUGAGGCCAUGUCCACUCUGAUGAGGACAGUCUACAGUGUCUUACACACAGCGCCUGCUGCUCUGCUCACAGAGAUCCUACUGGUGGACGAUGCCAGCACAGAUAAUGACCUGAAGACUCUCCUGGAUGAACACGCACAGCAGCUGAAGAUAGUGCGCUUGUUACGACAGACACAGAGAAGAGGCUUGGUUGCUGCCAGACUGCUGGCAGCAAAGGCUGCACAAGGAGAGGUCCUCACCUUCAUGGAUCCCCACUGUGAAUGCUUCAAUGGAUGGCUGGAGCCUCUUCUAGCACGGAUAUCGGAGCAGCGCAGCACUGUGGUCAGCCCAGUCAUCUCCGUCAUUGACCAAUACAAUCUUAAGUUCCAUAAGCCGUUCCUUCAGCUGCAAUAUCACAUUAGAGGGAAUUUCAACUGGAACCUCACGUUUGGAUGGGAGAGCAUUCCUGAGGAAGAGAAGAAGAGGAGGAAGAACGAGACAUAUCCCAUUAGAACACCCACCUUUUCUGGAAUUGUGUUCUCUAUAUCUAAAUCAUACUUUGAGGAUAUUGGGACUUAUGACGACCAGAUGUUCUGCGGCGGUGAGAAUUUGGAAUUGUCCUUCAGGGUCUGGCAGUGUGGAGGUCAGCUAGAGAUCAUUCCCUGUUCUGUUGUCGGCCACAUUUUCCGAGAAAACAGCCCCCACACCAGCUGUAAUGAAACUAUCGCCCGCAACCUAGUGCGUCUGGCUGAGGUCUGGCUGGAUCACUACAAAUGGGUCUUCUAUCGUGAAAACAGAAAUGCAGCUGCAGUUUUUCUAAAGAAGUCCUUUGGAGAUGUUGGUGAACGUCAUAAACUCAGGGAGAGAUUAAAGUGCAGGAACUUUGCUUGGUACCUGCAGAACAUUUACCCAGAGGCCAAUGUCGCUCACAUCCCGCCUCCCAUCCAUCAAUCAGAAUCAGACUGACAACUGGCCAACAACUUUACCAGCAUUGGAUAGUCUCUCGAAUGUUUGCAGUUGUAAAACGUGCAACUGCACUUUCAUCCAAAGAGUAUCAGAAGAGCCAUUUUUGACCCCUCUCCAAGGCUGUAUAGUUCUACAUGUAAAAAAUGCAUAUAUGUAUAUAUAUAAGAAAUAUUGUCUUAAAUUAGUCUCAAAAUAAGAAAAUAAGAGGACAUGCAAGGUACGUUGUUUGAAGACGGUUAAACUCUAAUUUUUAUAUUAUAUCUACUUUUGGCAAAUAAAC